AUGUCCUUAGUUACUGUACAGCUGGGACAGUGUGGUAAUCAGAUAGGAGGGCAGCUGUUUACUACCGUACUGGAAGACGCGUACGGAAAAGGCGGCCUCGGCUGUACCAAAAAGGAGAACACUCUGUACCAAGAUGCAGUUCUUGAAAGGUUCUUCAAUGCAGAAGAGCCCUCUGGUGAGACAAGGAUGUCCUGCAGCCAGCAGGUGACACCCACAGCUCGUGCUGUCAUGGUCGACAUGGAACCAAAAGUCAUCCAACAGACUAUCCAGGAAGCAAAGAAGUCAGGAAAGUGGCAUUACUGUGAAAAGGCGCAGUUCUGUCAAAAACGUGGGUCUGGUAACAACUGGGCUCACGGCUACAGUCACCACGGACCUCAGGCACGGGAUGCCGUCAUGGACAUUGUUCAGCAUGAGGUGGAGAAAUGCGACAGAUUCGGAGGGUUUCUGUCAUUAAUGAGUCUCGCGGGGGGUACAGGAUCUGGAGUGGGUGCAUACCUCACCGAGUGUCUACGCGAAGAGUACCCGCACUCCUUUCUCGUGAACCAAAUCGUGUGGCCGUACGGUACGGGAGAGGUUAUUGUGCAGAACUUCAACGCAGCGCUGACGCUAUCGCACUUGUACCAAUCAUCAGACGCCAUCAUCAUCUUCGAAAACGACAACCUCCACAAGAUCUGCUCCCAACUUCUUAGCAUCAAGAACAUAUCAUUUCAAGACAUCAACUCGGUUAUAAGUCAGGAGUUAGCAAGUGUUCUCCAGCCUGCAACAUCUGCAGACUGCUGUAGGACCAACUUACCUGGAGAGUUACUAGAACGUUUGGUUCCUGACCCCCAGUACAAACUACUGAAUGUCAGGACCAUUCCACAUACAUCAGAGAGGGCAUUGGCCUUCAGUUCGUUCACCUGGCCGGGACUACUGAAGCACCUGAGGCAAAUGCUGAUUGCAAACGCUGGGAUGGAAGAAGGUGUUGACUGGCAGGUCAAAGUUCAGUCGCGUGACCGAAGGUUGUCGUCUGGCGACUUCACCUCCUCCCUUGCAAACGUUCUGUUCCUUCGCGGGAAACAGUGCGAGACCGCUGACACCUCCCCCUUCUCGGAUCCGCGCCUCUACAGCUCCUGGGUACCGCGUGAUGCAGCGUUCUCCGUCUUCCACCAACCACGACCCUUCCACAGCUACGAGAAGUACGCGUCGUUGCUAAGCAAUAGCCAAUCACCUGUCGGUCCUUUGGGCGUUCUCGUGGGGAAGGCUUGGAACAUGUUUGCGUCUAGGGCGUAUGUUCACCAGUACCUGAAGUAUGGAAUAGCAGAGGAAGACUUUUUAGACAGUUUUGCCACCUUAGAACAAGUCAUCAACAACUACUCCAACUUAUAAGGGAGCUGUAGAAUGAUACAUUAAAGAAGAUAUGACUUGGUGUUUUCUAUACACUCACAUGCAACUAGACAUAUAGAAUAUGAUUGAAUGUGUCUAGACUGGCAUAUACAAUACAAUUGAGAAAUAAAACAUAUCAUCUUGUUUGUACAAAAGGAACUUUGAAGUUGACCCCCCUGUUGAAAUGUAGUGAGCAGAGACUCCUAUCAACAUGUGAAAUAACUGCAUGUCAUCAAUGGCUUAUUUUGUGACAUCUUUUCAGCACUGAUGAUGCAGUACUAGUAGUACAAAAGAAUUGAAAAUUUAAAAAAAUUCAAUCCCUGAUAUAUCUAUAGUUUGAUUGUCGUGAGAAUAAAAGAUCUUUGAUAGCUGUGGUCAAUGAAGGUAUGGUGCAUUGCUCAUCCAUUGGCUUAAAGAUUACCGUAAUACAUAUAAAUUUAGGGGAUGUAAAUUCGCAGUGGGCACUGACCAAAAAUUAGUACCAUUUGCAGUGUGAGAAUUUGUGGUGGAGAGGUCAGAUUGUAAAGUGAACAUAUAACCAUUGCAAACGUUUCAAGACUUACAGUUACAGU